AUGCGACUUCUUCGUUCUCUGCUGUUGCUUCUGCCGGUGGUGCUGGCGAACCCGCUCAGCGCCCGCUCCAACUCCACCGCCUGCAACAAUUCCCCAGAUCUCUGCAGCAAGUCCUACGGUGAAAUCACCCAUCUGGGCGCCCACGACAGCCCAUUUGUGCGUUCCUCGGACACCGGUGGUAACUUGGCUGGGGACCAAUACUAUGACACCCCGACCCAGCUGAGUGCGGGCGUACGGCUAGUGACUGCUCAAGUACACAAGGACAAUUCGGAAUGGCGUCUCUGCCACACUUAUUGCUCAUUGAUGGAUGCCGGCCUUCUAAGUGACUGGUUGGCCAAGAUCAAGACAUGGCUGGACAACCACCCCAAUGAAGUCGUCACCAUCAUCCUCGUCAACUCAGACAGUGCCACAGCCUCUGAAUUGAACACUGAGUUUGAGACCGCCAACAUCACCGACUACGCAUAUGAGCCUUCCUCGCAAAGCUCCGCCCCAUCCUCAUGGCCGACUCUACAAACGAUGAUCGACGAUGGGAAGCGUCUCGUCGUCUUCGUGGCGUCGCUCGACACCAGCUCGGACUACCCAUACCUGAUGGACGAGUUCACCUACGUCUGGGAGAACAACUACGAGGUCACCUCGCCCUCCAACUUCACCUGUGAGCCGCAGCGCCCGUCCUCACUGUCCGGUUCGAUCUCCACCGCCAUGUCCUCCAACCGCCUCCCCAUGAUGAACCACUUCCUUUACUCGACCGACCUCGAGUCCCUCGACAUCCUCUACCCGAAUGCCAGCUACGUCGCCACGACCAACGCCGCGUCCGGCGGCACCGGCAAUCUCGGAAGCACUGCAACCAAGUGCAAGAGCGCAUACAGCGGUCGCCAGCCGACUUUCAUUCUGGUCGACUUCUUCAACCGCGGCCCCGCGAUCGACACCGUCGACAGUCUCAACAACGUGACCAAUGCGUCAGGCCGUACGUCGGUCUCUACGUCUGCAACCUCCAGCAGCUCCGGGUCGACCAUCAACAAUGUGUUCAAGGGCCUGGUCGAACUGGCCAGCUCGUCCAAGUCUGGCGCCAGUACCAGCAUGGGCGACUGGAUCUGGGUUGGCGGCAACUGGAACAGCAUUUUGGGAGGAGGCAUUUCCUUCUAA